AGAUAUUUCAUGGGCGAGGGCUUUACCUAAAACAGCUGCGAACACAGAAAAGCACAGACAGGAGGACAUAGCCAGCUAUCCAGUAAGGAAGCGAGCAUUGUGGCGAAAAGACAAGACCAUACAUUUGUUUGGUUUAAUUUCGAUUAAACGGGAUUGCUCACGUAAACGUUGUUAUAGACAAGGUCAGUUGUAGUUAUGUUCUAUAUUUGAAUUUGAACAUACUGUCGCCAGACUUGGAAUCGUUCUGGCUAGCGCGUCCACAAUCUGAACCACCAAAAAAGGCCAAACCGUUUCUGAAUAGAGAAAGUGUUCGGCUACCAGACGGUUUAACCCUAACCUCCAACGCGAACCUGAUACUGCGUCGGGGGUUCUCUGUGGAAUGCCUGUGUCAUGAUGCGGACUCUAAGCCACACCCCACGCCCAGGUGUUGAGGGAGGGCGUCUCUGGCUGUCAGCCAAUCACAGGGGAAGUUUAAGGAGAGACACUUCCUGUUCCUCUGCACUUCCUCUUCUCAGGACCCUCCCACCUCACUGACGAAUUGUCACUCAGUGACAGUUCCUGUAUCUCCAUCACUUCCUCUACCACGCCUUCCUGUAUCUCCAUCACUUCCUGUGCUGUUCCCCGUCUGUUGACCCGUUGGGGGAUGCUGGUACCUUCUCCUGGAGGUUGCCAUGCUUCUCGUGGAGGUUGCCAUGGGGGUGAUCUGAUUCCUGUGGUAGUAUCUCCAGAUGUGGUGGAGUGGGCAGGAGGCAGAACAGAAGAACCCAUAGGUGAUCAGCGUCUUCCUGAUUUGCACUGUGUGAAGACAUCACAGCAGUGAUUAUAGGACUUCCUUUUCCUGUCGUUUCUCUGCUUCUUUGCACUUUCUAGGACUUGUCUCAUUCUCAAAGACCUGGAACCAGUAAAAGCCAUGCGGCACAUUCACGUUGAGUUGGCGCGUAGGGAGGCGCCUGUGGAGCUCCCAGCCCAGCAGGGGGACCUACCUCCACCUGCGGCCCCAAUACGGGGCCCCGAUCCUGGGAUGACCGCAGGGCUGCGGCCCUUCGGCCAGGAGGAGCUCAGACUCCAGAAGGUGUACCAGCUCUCGAUCUUUUCCCAGCUAGGGGGCUUCUCCACUGCUCUGGAGCCCCCCACUGAGCCCCCGUCUCGGUCUGGCAGGGUGGCGUUGAAGAGGGGCCUGGAGGAGCCCCAGCUGACCCCCAAGUGGCCCCAUGAGGAGGGGGUCUCCUCCAGCAGGGAUGCCCUGGAGGGAGGGGUGCUGUGUGGGCCAGGGCCACACGUGGGCUCAGUCAUCUCCUGCACAUUGAUAGAUCAUAGAGACACUGAAGGCAGCUUGUCGCCCAAGUCACCGCCCCUCUCCCCAAGCCACACCCCCGCCCGACGCCCCGCCCAGCACAACCAUGACCGGCCAAUCCCAGAUGUGUGGGUGCCGCUUUCGCCCAAUUCCCCCCCCAUAUGCGACCCCCACGGUCAACCAUGUGACCAGGGACUCUCAAUGGGGCCCUCUCCCAGGAUGGGCCCUCCUCCUGGGAGGGAUACUCAAACCUGGGUCCCUGGCAGCCCAGGAAGAGAGGGCUACAGUAACGACUCUCCGACUGGGAAGCCUACCUCUUGCACCGAUGGGGGCUCGUACGGGAUUCUACAAAAGCCCAUGUCCCCCCUCCCCACGGAGCUGCAGGAGCCCGGGGAGGCAGGGCUGGAGUCGUCCCCACCGGAGGGCAAUGCAACCCAGAACGCCUCCAGCAGCGGGCUGGCCUCUUGGGAGAAGACACCCAGUAGCAGAGGGCUUCGCUCCACCCCGUCAGGGCCUUGCGCUGCAAAGAAGAAGCUGCUGUCGCCUAGUGACACAGGGGAGUCGUGCUCUGAGGACGAGGGUCCAUCCACCUCGAAGAGGAGCCGGCUGGCUCUGCUGGCGCCCGGGCUGGGCCUGGCUUCCUGCCGUGGGACCGACGCCAAGGCCGCUCCCUUCUGGAACCACCUGCUGCCCUCGGUGCGAGACCGGACCAGGAGUGCCUCUGACUGCAUGAGAGCUGGGAGGAGACUGAAGAGCGCCCUGCGUUUGAAGAGUCGUCAACUGCGUAGCGGGCGGCGUACAGAGACCUGCCGCCCGGCUCGUGCGGACUGGCCCUCCUCCAUCAGCCGCUCACUGCUGGGAAACUUUGAGGAGUCCAUCCUCAAGGGCCGUUUCUGUCCUUCGGGGCGCAUCGAGGGUUUUACAGCGGAAAUCGGCGCCAGCGGCUCCUACUGCCCCCAGCACGCUACACUGCCCGUGCAGGUCACCUACUACGACCUCUCGGAGCACAGUGCACCCUCACCCUUCCUAGGAAUGAUUUCCCUUGACUCUCUUGGAAAGAAAGGAUACAGUAUACCCAAAGCAGGAACCAUUCAAGUGACCUUAUUCAAUCCCAACAAAACUGUGGUUAAGAUGUUCCUGGUGACGUACAACUUUGGAGACAUGCCCGCCAAUCACAUCACCUUCCUGCGUCAGCGCAUAUUCCUUAUGCCAGUGGAGGAGGGGCUAGAGGAGGAAAGGGAGGAGCCUAGAGAGGGUGGGGCCACAGACAGGAAGAAGAUUCUGUGUUACCUGAUACACCUCCGAUUCCAGAGCUCCAAAUCUGGUAAAAUCUACUUGCACAAUGAUAUUCGGCUGCUAUUCUCUCGCAAGUCCAUCGAGGUGGACACAGGGAUUCCUUACGAGCUAAAAUCCUUCACCGAGGUGCCAAGAAACCCCAAAUACUCCCCUCGUGUUUGAACUCCCGCCAGUCCCUGCCCUGAAACCAACGCAGCCCCCCCCCCCCCUUUCAGAGGGAGCAGGGGCACAGACUGACUGUUUAAAACAUGGACAAGAAACUAGAAAAUACUUGGACACACCACAUACACAGAGGCACAAGCACACAUUCACACACUUCAAACAACAGAGUUGCA